AUGUGGCUCGCCAAUGAAGAAAAAAAGUGCUUGCUAUUCGAAUAUGAACAUGAAAAGUGUAAACCAUCUGGCAAAUCAAGGAGAUUUGUGAAUGCAAACCGUCUUUUCUACACACUUUUCAUUGUUUCUGUUCUAGUUUUUAUUGGGUUGUAUGCAGCGAUCUCUUGGCAUGAUAAAGGGUUAAACAACUACUUCUCUACAGUUAAUGAUUCGAAAUCAAUCACCGAUCAAGAAAAUUCUACAAAAUCGGAUUCAGGAAUUUCUGGAAAUUCGACUAUAAUUCCGAAUUUAACAACAUCAGAAUCUAUCUCAACCACUCAAAUUCCAUUCAAAGAUGAUUGCUCAGUGCCAGUUUUUGAUCCAUGGGAUGAAACUGUGAAGCCAUUUCUGACAGAUACAGAUUUCACGAAAAAUUGUGACCGAACAUGGAAACCGUAUACAGAAUUGAAGAAUGGCACAUGGAUAAUCGUUCAGGAGAAGCCAGGAAUGAAUUGUAAAGCUAGAUGCCAUCACUUCCCUGAUCUCACCUCAUCCGUCAAAAUCUCUGAUUGGUUCGAACCAGGGCCCACGGAUUGCGAAUUUUUGGAAGCUGCGUGUUGGGAAAAAGGUUUUUUUAGUGAGAAAGAGGUCUAUGGAUAUAUUCAUACACAAAUUCCGCCCUCAAAGCGCGAAAAGAUGGAAAAGCCGAAAAUUCGAAAAUCCGAGAAUCCCGAUGUUUUUGUGUUCAUCCUAGAUUCAAUCACACCUCAUUCAGCUAAACGAUCCCUUCCCAAGACCCUUGAACACUUCAAAUCCAAACAUCAGGCCGUCGAUUUUCCGUUUUUGAGUCAAGUGGGAGUGAGAAGUCAAAUGAACGCUUUCGCACUGUUUUUCGGAAAACAAGUGGAAGCUGGUACAAUUAAAGGCGGAAAACCAUUGGAAGCGGAUUGGGCUGAAGAGGAGUACUGUAAGAAAUAUUUGGAUGAUAAGCCCAAUAUUUUCCGGGAUUUUGGAGAAGCUGGGUAUACGACUGUCCACAUUGACGACUGGUACCUCCAGACCCUCACAUAUAACCCGGUUUGCUUAGGCUUUGAACAUUACUAUACAAAUCACACCUUCUAUCCGUUUACCUAUAUUAAUGAAGUUUCUGGAAUCAAGAAAACCAAGGAUAGCUUAAAAGGAAGCGAUUUGUGUCGAGAGUCUUAUCACGGAGCAAUCGAUUAUUUCGAUCAGUUCGCUGAGGCUUAUUCAGAUCGCCCGAUGUUUGCUCUCCAGUGGUUUGUCAUGUUGGGACAUGAGAAAUUAACCUGGGCAAAAAGAGGAGAUGAUUCGAUAUUGGCAUGGUUUGAGAGGAAUUUUGAAUUGUUUGACAACGCCUUUGUGAUCAUAACAUCAGACCACGGAUUCCGUGCUGGGUCUUCGGAUUACUAUCAAACGGAAAUUGGAGCAUUUGAGAAGCAUAAUCCGUUUUUACAAAUUUCGGUUCCCAAGAAAUAUCGGGAUAAUGGAAUUUUGGAGGUUAUGAAAGAGAAUGCACAACGAUUGCAAACUCAUUAUGAUACAAGAGCAACGAUUUUGGAUAUUUUGAAGUACCAACCCUCCUUUAACUUCACCGGCCGUUCCACCCUAAAAAUCUCUGACGAAAAAGGCAACUCCUAUCUUCGUCACCAACCAAACUUCCCUAGAAACUGUGAACAUUUACCAAUUCCUCAGCAGUACUGUAUCUGUAAAUCAAAGUCUACGGAUAUGAUGAAUGUGGACGGACUGGCCGACCGUUUUGGUAACGCUCUUUUGAAACAUAUAGAAGAUGAAUUGGUCAGAUUGAAUUUGACUUCUUUGUGUCACUCAUUUAAAGUUACAGAAGUCGUUUCACUCGAUCUACAUGGCGACAGCAUUGGUUCCAAUGCCAUGUACCAUAUUUCUGUGAAGACCAAUCUUCCAGCACACUUUGAUGCGGUUAUCACAGAGGAUAAGGAAACAGGAAAAAUGGAAUUUAAGGAAAUUGAAAGAUUGGAUCGAUACGGGACAACUGCCGACUGCUCAGCACCUAUUAAUUUUACUUCUCUUUGUUAUUGUAAAAAUUGA